CUCGCUUCUUCAACACAAACAUCCUGCCAGAAACUCGACAGUGUCCUCUCGCUCAAGUACAUUCAGCAUCGGCUCUCCAGAUUGAUAUGAUGUCCGAUGCAAACCCCAACCUCGUCCAGGACUCCGAGAUCAGUGGCCCGAUCAACGUUGUGCUCGAGGACAAGAUCAAGAGAUUGACAGGCGAUGUCGAAAGGUUGACAGCCCCGGCCAAGAACGAUUCCAACACGAUCAAAUUGCAGCAGGUCAGGAUCAGAUAUCUCAUGAAAAAGAUCGCAAAGAUGAAGGGGGCCACAAAGAUACGGGAGGAAAUCCUUGUUCUCGAGGAGAGGCUCGAAGCCGGGCGUAAGAAGAAUGAGGAUGAACUUCUUGCUCUCCAGAAACAGCGCGAUGCCGUCGAUCAGAAGACUAAGGAGAAAAUCCAGACUUAGGAGACUCAAUACCGUAAGGUGGACGACGAGCUAUUUAAUCGUGAAGGAGAGCUCAGGAUGGUCGAGGAGGAUGAAGAAGAGGAGUAGCGAAGUUUGCCCAUCAUUCUGGAGCACCAAUCGAUCGAUUCUGGGCAGCGAGAAAUACCGU